UUUCCAGCUACGACACAAGUAGACACUGUGUAACACAGUGAAUCAUUGCAUCCCUGUUGUUUGCCUACGUUAAACGAGAAUGAAAUGAUUCUCUGUGUUACACAGUGUCUGAUUCUGUCCUUGCUGGAAAGCACCCUCUGUUAGAGGGUCUCUACUGUGACUAUAUCUGGAGUAGAGCUGUCCUUGUUGUCUUCAACUUCUCACGUAUGAACGCUCCGUCUAUCUUAUAAGUCUUCUAUGAUGUCAACUAAGAGAGAAAUUAUGAAUAAUACGACAGAAAAUGCAGAAGAUUUGGAUGAUGCAUGUCCGACAAAACAAGCUAAAAAUACGUCUUUUCAGAGUGCUUUUAGUAACUUGAAGAAAUCUGAGUUUUUCUCAGAUUUGCCAGCUUCUAAGUCUGAAACUUCUGUAGCAAUAUCUUCAAGUAGAAUUAACACUGUCCUUGUCAGUCCAAAGCAAAAAGGCAAUCCAUUACUGAAGUUUAUAACGAAUGUACCGUGGGAAUAUUCUGACAUUGUGCCAGAUUAUGUAAUGGGAAAAACUACAUGUGCUCUUUUCUUAUCAAUUCGUUAUCAUCAACUGAAUCCUGAUUAUAUUCAUGAAAGACUUAAGUUAUUGAGUAAUGCUUAUAACUUACGAGUGCUUUUAGUACAGAUUGAUGUCGCCGAGCCUCAUCAUGCUUUGAAACAUCUAACAAGGAUUUCCAUUUUGGCAGACUUGACAAUAAUGCUAGCGUGGAAUGCAGAGGAUGCAGGAAAAAUUAUUGAAACUUACAAGAUAUAUGAAAACAAACCCCCUGAUAAUAUUAUGGAACGCAGCGAAACAGCACCUUAUCAAAAAUUGGUUAAUGCCUUAACAACAGUAAGAUCUGUCAACAAAACCGAUGCAACAACUCUUCUAACAACUUUUGGUACACUAGAUAACAUUAUAAGAGCACAACCUAGUACUUUAACCUUGUGUCCUGGAUUUGGUCUACAUAAAGCUCAAAAACUUCAUAAAGUUUUACAUGAAUCUUUUCUAUGCACGCCAAAAUUUUCUUCAAAAAAAUAAAAUUUUUCAGUAUACUUAUUUAUGCUUUACAAUUACUGUGCUGUAAUAAAAUAAUUGGAUGGAGUUACAAUAUAUACAC